GGGGUCCCCUCAUUACAUCCCUCGCCUUCCGUCCCUGUAUAUAUAUAUAUGCAUACAUGCAUAAAUAUAUUUGUAACAAAAAAUUAAAAAAGAAAAAAAAAUAGAGGCUCAGAUGGAUUUUGACAAAAUGAGAGCUGGAGUAGAGGAAAUAUCAGUUUCUGAUGGAUUUGUGGUAGAUAUCGAAGCAUUCUCUCAUCUUACAGAAAGAGGCAAUUCAAGAAUCACUAGCAUUAAUCAUUCAAGAAAAGGACCCACCAGUGGCGCCGCCGAUAAGAAAAUCAACCCAACCGCCGCCGCAGCCGCGGCGGCGGUAGAAGCUUCAAGUAGAGCUACUUCACCACUAGUAGUGGUGGUGGCACACGACACCUCCGACCGCGCCACCAGCCCCAAAAUCCAUCAUCACCAAAUCACCAUCAAGAAGGGAAGCCUGAGCAGCCCUUCGGCCGAAACCAAGCACGGCGGCAAGAGAUUCGGGCACCGCCAUUCUGCCCAAUGCCGCUUCCUUGAUCCCAGAAGAGUAGUUGUCUUCUUCGCCACACUGUCGAGCAUGGGAACUGUUCUCUUGAUCUACUUCACAUUGUCGAUGGGGAAGCUCAACGGGAACGAUAAUGGCCUAAAUUGACGACCUUCACCUCCAUCACUAUGCACCUCAGAAUCAUGUGAACGACGCUUCAUCAGAAAAGCAGCAGAUGUUGAUCUGAACACACGGAUCUGUUCAUGGAGAAUUUCGAAUGUUUAUAUUCCAGUUAGAAGGAACGAAAGGCACAUGAUGGAUAUUAUUACUUUUAUAAGCAUCGAUGUAGAAAUUAAUUUCAUUGAUUUUUGUUUAGUAUCUGUUGUAACUAAAAUGUUGAUUUCUCCCUUCUGUUGAAGACGUAUAAAUUCAUGUGGGUAGGCCACAAGCAAAAA